UAUGAGCAGAAUUAAAACAAGGAAGCUUCAUAUUUAUCUUAUGUAUCUAACGUAAAACAAUACUAAGUACACAUAACACACGUGUUUAAAAUUAUCCACAAGGAAGCUUUUCUAUUUACCUUGACUCCAAAAUAGAACCGACUACAACAUAAAAAUAGAUCCGAGUGCGGCCGUAACUUACUAACAUUAAACAUUCUUAAAAAGACGUGCCGACUUAAUACGUAACAUAAACACAAGCCGUUAAAAUAAAAAUAGAAAUCCUACAAGUUAUUUUAAAUAAAAUGUCACUAAACUCUGUAGGAGUAGUAUCGUAAUUAAGUAUCUAUAGUAAAUUGGGUUCCGUUUGCAGAGUCAUAUUUAUACGAAUUAUGCAGAUCAUGCGUACUUUUUACUGCCAAGACUCAGGGUAGCAUUAAAAGUAAAUGCCUAAUAGUUUGUAAACAUUGAGUAUCAAUAUAACCCUGUUCUCUGUAAUACUUGUAUGGAGUUCUCAUAUUGCCGUCAGUCCAAUACAUACGUAACAUAAUUUGUGUUCCAAGCUUCCACUUGACAACGGUUGCUAUGUACGGAGUUAUGUCAAUUUGAUAAGACGGUUUGAAAACAAGCUCACGCUGAUUUACAAGUUAUUAAUUUACAGAAACUAAACAUACUAUGAGUAAUAUAUUAGCGAAUCCCGCUUUAAGGGAUCAAAAAUCUAUAGAGCAGGAUGAAGAAUUUACCAACUUCAUGAAGAGAGUCGGUGAAGUGUCGAAUCUUGUGAAAGACAUGGCCAGUGGGGACAAAGUCAAGGCAGAAGCUGCCAGGGUCCUCGCCGAUCAGUACUUGGAUGGAAAAGUCAUUCUCGAUGAUGAUGUCAAGCUAACGGUUAAACAGAACCGCACCCUGAUCAAUGAGAAAGCUUUCAAAAAUCUUGGGAGUAAAGAUGCGACUGAGGUUGACAAAGAAGCUUGGAUGGCAGAAGUUAGCAAGGAUGCAGAAAAGCGUUACCAAGAUCGGAAGGUUCGUCGCGAGCGUGCCGAAACGUUCAACACUCAAGCUAUCAAGGCGUUCCGCCGUGGGGAGUACGACAAGGCGCUGUCAUGCUACAAUAAAGCCAUAGAACAAAUCAGAGACAACCCUAUGUUCUACUGUGACCGAGCCUUGACGAACAUCAAGCUAGGGAAAUUUGAAAAGGUUGCCGGAGACUGUGACCUAGCACUCCGUCUCAACGAGAAAAGUUAUAAAGCGCGGCUCUACUUAGCAAAAGCUCACAAAGAACUUGAAGAAUUGGAUAAGCUGGAAGAGAGCAGGAAGGAAAUAGAUGAAAUGUUUCCCCAACACAAAGAACUCACACAAUUCUUUCUCGACAAGAAAGUAGGCUACGAAAUUGAGGAUGAAGAUGAAUAAAAAUAUUAAAAUACAUGUCACACUAGAAAGUUCCAUCCAAGUUCAAUGCUGCAAUUUAUUUUAAUGACAAUUAUUUUAUUUGAAACACGAUUUCACGAAUAUUUUGCAGGACGAAGAUAAGAACAUUUAUGUUUAUUUUUAUUCACGUGUAUUGAGUUAAUAAAACUUUAUUAGAUUUAAACACUAA